AUGCAACCCUUCCUGGCGGCUGUACUGCGGCUGCUCGUCGGUCUGCUAAAGGUUUGGUUGAACCGUGUUUGGCUUAAGCUAAGGCCACCCUCGGCAAACAUCUGUGCCACCGUAACGAUCGGACCGGGGAAGGUACGAGGCCUAAAGUGUGUGACGGACGGUGGUGUGGAGUACCAUCAUUUCAAGGGCAUUCCCUAUGCCGUGCCACCGGUCGGUGAUCUACGCUUUCAGGCCCCGGUCCCACUGGAAGCGUUCCAAAAGCCUGUGCUGGACUGCUUCACCGAAGGUAGCAAGUGUUUGCAGUAUGAGCAGAUGCUUAACGUGAUGGUUGGCUCGGAGGAUGGAUUAUUUCUUAACGUUUACACUCCACAAUUGGCCGCUGAAAGCUCGCCGAAGCUUCCCGUGAUGGUGUACAUCCAUGGGGGUGGGUUUUUGAGUGGAAGUGGUGACUCGUUCCUGUAUGAUCCGAUCUACUUUAUGGAGCAGCGUGUGGUGAUCGUCACGUUCAACUAUCGGCUAGGACCGCUCGGUUUUCUAAGCUUCCCUGAGGCCGGUAUUUCAGGGAAUGCUGGACUAAAGGAUCAGUUAUUGGUGCUACGGUGGAUCCAGCAGAAUAUUGGGCCCUUCGGAGGUGAUCCGAACAAUGUGACACUGUUCGGGGAGAGUGCCGGUGCGAAGGCGGCCUAUCUGCACUAUCUUUCCCCUGUGUCAAGAAAGUAUUUCCAUCGAGUGAUUUGUCAAAGUGGAGUCGCUUGCUCUGACUUGGCGCUGCAAGUCGAUCCAAGUACAAAGGCACGUAAGCUAGCGAAGUGCGUCGGCUAUCAAGGAUCCUCCGAUAAAGAGGCACUAGAUGUCCUCCUAAAGGCUUCUGCUAGAGAGCUUUUCAAACACCAACUAGAAACGAUAGCAGAUAGUGAGCGCAACCAAGAGUUACAUUUCCCAUUCCGUCCUGUCGUUGAAAGCGAUCACACAGGUGCUAUCGUUGUUCAGCAUCCGUUGGACGCAUUGAAAACCGAACUCGUUCCUCCGAUUCCUCUCAUUACCGGAUGUAACAGUGGUGAAGGUAUGCUCGCACUGGCAAGGGCACAGAAGCAUCUCAACGACUACAACACCCAGCCGGAACGAUUACUUCCUCCGAUGCUACAACUUCCACCAGACGUUAGUGAGAAAGAGUUGGGCAAAAAGGUUAAACAAUUCUACUUCCAAACUCGUCCAAUAAGCGAAGAAACUCUGCCUGAGAUGCUGGAUCUUUUAUCGGACAAUGAGUACAUCACAGCCACGGUUACAGCAGCCGAAUUGAUGGCCAAGUAUCAACCGAGGGUGAAGCACUACUGUUACUACUUCACACACGAUGGUCGGUUGGGAAAUGUUAAGCGAUUGUUAAACAUGACUCACGUUCCGGGUGUUUGUCAUGGGGAUGAUGUGUUCUACAUGUUCCGAUCGGCGCUUAAUGUUACACUGCCGGAAGAUGCUGAAGAAACGAUCGUACGGCAAGCGUUCGUGAGGAUGUGGAGUAAUUUUGCUUACGAAGGAGAUCCUACACCGAGCGACGGUGCUCGAUCAAAGGGGCUGGUACGGUGGGAUCAUGUAGAACCGUGUGUCGCGGUCCGACCGGUGAUAAGCGUUAAACAGGGUAAGGUACGUGGUGUUACCUCGACCUUACCGAACGGUAGCCAGUUCCACUAUUUCAAGGGCAUCCCUUACGCUGAACCACCGGUCGGGAGUCUUCGCUUCAAACCACCGGUUCCGCUGCAAAAGUUUCGCAAACCAACCGUCGACUGUUACGCCGAGCGAGCCAACGCAGUUCAGAAAGAUUUCUUCUCCACGCGUUGCAGUGGUUCCGAGUCGUGUCUGUACCUGAACGUGUUUACCCCGCGGCUCCCGGGGGAGGCCGACGCAACCAAAGGUGUUCCCCGGCUGCCUGUUAUGGUGUACAUCCAUGGCGGUGGUUUCAUGAGUGGCAGCGGUAGCAGCUUCUUCUACAAUCCGGAAUACUUCGUGCAACAGGAUGUGGUCAUCGUUACGCUCAACUAUCGGCUCGGUCCGCUUGGAUUUCUUUACCUUCCUUCGGUGGACAUCCCGGGAAAUGCAGGUCUUAAAGAUCAGCUACUAGCACUGCAAUGGAUACGGGAAAACAUUGCCCAGUUCGGUGGCAAUCCGGAUAAUGUUACAUUGUUUGGGGAAAGUGCCGGUAGCAUGUCGGCAUAUUUGCACUACCUAUCGCCAAACUCGAGGAAGUACGUACAUCGAGUGAUAUGUCAAAGCGGUGUGGCCGUUACGGACUCGUUCUUCCAGGUGGAACCGGAAGAGAAGGCAAGAAAGUUGGCACGCUUUUUCGGCUACACCGGAGACGAUGAUAAGGGUGUGCUUGAAACGCUCCAAAAAGUAUCGGCAACAGAUCUGGCAAGGCACCAAAACGAAGCGAUCACUGAGGCGGAAAAGCAACUGGCUCUUAUCUUUAUUUUCCGUCCGGUGAUUGAGCAGACCGAGACGGACGAUAGCAUCAUCACACAGCAUCCGCGCGACAUCCUGAAGGCACCCGAUACGCUGCGAAUGCCACUGCUGGAAGGAUGCAACGAUGGCGAAGGCAUUUUAGCGCUGCGUACACUCGGCAAACGGUGGAAAUCGUUUGGUCAAGCACCGGAACGGUUCGUACCGGUACUGUUGGGUAGAUCGCCCAAGCUGGACCGGGCCGUUGUGGGGCGAGAAAUUAAACAGUUUUACUUUGGCGAGCGUCCGGUCCACGAGCAGAUCGAUAAGAUGUGCGAUCUGCUGACGGAUAAUACGUUCAUCACAAACUCGGUCACCAGUGCCGAAUGGUUGGCAAAGUAUCAACCGAACGCGCCACACUUUCACUAUCGCUUCACGUACGAUGGCAGGUACAGCUUGCUGAAACGUGUCUUCCAGCUGUCCAACGUGAAGGGGGCCUGCCAUGGUGAUGAUACGAUGUAUAUGUUCAAUCCAUGCUUCCUACCGAAACUACCGCCUAAUAGCGAUGAAUGCCGAGUCCGUGACAUCUUCAUUGCACUCUGGACCAGUUUCGCAAAGCACGGUGAUCCAACCGCCAGUGUCCCCACCGAUCUGAUCCCGGUCCGGUGGGAACCAGUUGCAAAGAUUGCGCGCGAUUCGGACGACUUCCAGCUGGACUGUCUCGAGAUCAACACUGUGCCGCGGAUGGUGCGUAAUCCGGGCGCGGGACGAAUACAGCUGUGGCGUGGACUGUUGAAAAAGUAUCGUGCCGACUAUCUGUAG